AAUUUGGAUUUUUAUUUUUUUUUUGACAGACACCUGAAUAAAUUAAUUCUGGCUUGAAAUUUAUAAUAAAAAAUUAAUUUCACGUUCACACAAGCGAACGACAACUCUACAUAAAACCUUCCAGCAGUUUUUGCCCCUUGAAGAACUCUUCUGUUGUACCUUGAACUUUGUUUUCAUUCUGAGUGACGGAAUGUGAAAGUAGAAUCUUUGAACCAAAGGAUUAGCUGCAGCAGUAACUUAACUUAGCAAAGAAUGAACCUCCUCAGGAGUGUGUUAUUUGUGGGAACUGUCGUUGAAGUAUGUACCGCCAUUGUGGAUACAGGUUACUUUUGGCAAGUGACGGACUUUCAUUAUGAUGCCAACUACAGCACAAAAGGGGACCCGUCGAAAAUGUGUCAUUUCAUGUCAAAAGGCAGUUAUAGCAACAGUAUCUAUGGAAACUAUCACUGCGAUUCACCAUGGCAACUGAUUCAGUCAGCCACUGCAGCCAUGAAACACAUCCACCCUGACCCCGACUUCAUUCUGUGGACAGGGGACAGUGUGCCACAUGUUGAUGACAGUACACUGAACAUCGAGAAGGUGGUACAAAACAUCGGGAACGUCUCCCAACAUCUCCGCUCGGUAUUCCCGAACAUCACCAUAUUUCCAGUCCUUGGUAAUCAUGAUGAAUACCCUGAAGAUGCAUAUCCCUCCGCACCAGACUCUAACUAUUAUAGGAGCAUUCUCCAUGGUGCUCACUUUGAUCAGCUUCUCUCCAAUGAUACAGCAAAGCAGUUUUUGACUGGUGGCUAUUACACUACUGCGAUUCACCGUGGUCUGAGGGUCAUUGGGCUGAACACCAAUCUGUAUUACUCUCAGGACAAACUGACCAGUAAAGCUGAAGACCCAGCUGGCCAGUUCCAGUGGUUGACGGCUACUCUGACAGCAGCAAAGACAGCUAAAGAAAAGGUGAUCAUUCUGUCCCACGUCCCCCCAGGUCUGUUUGAGAAGUACACAUUAUUAAUGUGGUUUUAUGACAAAUUCAACACUCGAUAUGUCAACAUCUUAAAGACUUUCUCGGAUAUCAUAGCAGCUCAGAUUUAUGGACAUGAACAUACAGACAGUUUCAGAAUACUGAAAGAUUCAACAGGUUCCCCUGUGGGUACCCUGUUCCUGGCCCCCGCUGUGACCCCCUGGAACAGUAGUCUGCCUGGAGUGGGUGCCAACAAUCCCUCCAUCCGUCUGUAUGAGUACAACAAGAGAGACGGCACCAUCCUCAACUAUCGACAGUAUUAUCUAAACCUGGCACAGCUGAUCCGGAGUGGCGGGAACGUUAACUGGACAUUGGAGUACGAUGCUAAGGAUGUCUAUCACCUCCCUGACCUGAAUCCUAAGUCCCUCCAUGACUUGGCCCUUUCAUUCCAAGGAGACAACUCUGCAUUGUUUUCUAAAUACUUGGUUUAUAACUCAGUGAGCCAGACGUUGAAGCCGGUGUGUGACUCUCAGUGUGAGUUGACGCACGUCUGCUCCAUCACGGAGCUGGAGAAGCUGGACUUUAACCUCUGUCGCUCUUCUGAUACUUCUAAGACCACUGCACUACCUAAGACAACUCCAGCUCAGAGACACAGAAAGCCGGUGGGCAAGAUGUAUAUGUACAUCAUUGUAGGACUGGGUGCUGUUGUUUUCAUUCUUUUCAUUGUUGUUGGCAUUAUUUGUAUCAAACGCCGGCGACAUUUUGUGCCUUACCGAUUUUCAAGGUUUUCCAACGCCCUCUCAUCAGGACCCAUUAAUUAAACAUGCUGGAUGUUUUAAAGUCCCACUGUGGCCCUUUUCAUAAAAAUUCUUUGGAUUAAGAGAAAAAAUCUAAAACACUGUAAUUCUUUUAUUAUGCUCAUAUAUUUCUGAAUGAGCAAAACUAAGUGUAUACUUUCAUGAUGAAACUUUAUUCUUCCACAGUUACACUCAGUUGAGUAUAAGGCAGAGACAAUUUUUUUUAUCUUAGUAGUAAUAUUUUUGGUGAAAAUGUCCAAAGCUGUCCAGAGUUCUUAUUUGUUGAGAAUUUAAACAUUCCUAAGUGUUGUUGAAUGGUAGUACCAGUUACUUUAUUUGUUGAUUGUCAUCAAUGGACAAUGCAUGGAUUAGUUCUCUCAUAAAUUAUUGCAGCCUUUGAUCAAAUAUUUUCACAAUUUGUUGGAUUAUUUCAAUAGUAGACAUUUUAUGAAUAGCGGCAAAGUCAAAAUACAGAAACAGGGCUUGUAAUGUCAAAAUACAGAAACAGGGCUUAUAAUGUUAAAAUACAGAAACAGGACUUGUAAUGUUAAAAUACAGAAACAGGGCUUGUAAUGUUAAAAUACAGAAACAGGACUUAUAAUGUUAAAAUACAGGAACAGGACUUGUAAUGUUAAAAUACAGAAACAGGACUUGUAAUGUUAAAAUACAGAAACAGGACUUAUAAUGUUAAAAUACAGAAACAGGGCUUGUAAUGUUAAAAUACAGAAACAGGACUUAAAAUGUUAAAAUACAGAAACAGGACUUAUAAUGUUAAAAUACAGAUACAGGACUUGUAAUGUUAAAAUACAGAAACAGGACUUGUAAUGUUAAAAUACAGAUACAGGGCUUAUAAUGUUAAAAUACAGAAACGGGGCUUGUAAGGACAGGACUUGUAUUGUUUUAUUGUAAACUGUGGAAAUCAUUUAAAUUUGUGGGGGCCAAUUUUCAUGGAUUGUGGAAAUUUCAUCAUUUUGUUUGGGUGUAAUUUUAAGGCUGUGGUUUCUCUACAUUGAAGCAUUGUAUAUUUUGUUGUGGUUUAAAAUAAUGGGACAAGGAUAAACCCACAAAAAUUAAGCCCCCACAAGACUUAAUGAUUUCACAGUAUUCUAUGCUCAAACAAAGAUAUUUUCCAGACAAGUAUUUAUAUGGGUGCUAUAUGUAUAUUGUUAAAUGUCCCUGGAGUAACAUUGAUUCAUUCCACGUUUUAAAAUCUUUGAAUGAUUAGAUUAUAUUUAAAAUUUUUGCUGAUAUGAGUGUAGCAUGAUGAAAAACUGAGUGAAUGAUGUGCGUUAUGAAAUUUACAUUCUCUUUACAUGUGAUAUUUUGUUUGUGCUCUUGUGACUUUUUGAGGAUCUUAUUUAAACCUUCACAUUGAAAUUGGUGUUUUAUAUAGUGAUGGUGUGUUUUUUGUUGAUUUAAUUGAUGAAUAAAUGUCUUGGAUGUUAGUAUUAGGAGGAUAUAAAACAUUACAAUCAGGUUUCAGUUGUUGUUAUAACCCAGAAUACAAACAUCAAAAAGUUUUUAUGUCAUGUUGGAAGGACAUUGUUUCCAUUGAAAAUACAAAUACAAAUUGUACAUUGAAACAGCAAAAAGUUUAUUACAACAAAACAUUGGUGAAUGUAGAUAUUAUUAGAUUACAUAAUUUUAGUAUUUAUUUUGAUUUGAUUUUCCAGCAUCAGAUACACAAACAUUUGCUUGCACAUACUGUAUAUUUUUUGUCUCUGUAUAUAUUAUUUUUCAUGUGUACAAGUACAUUAAUGAUAACCCCCUUUUGUUUGUGUCUGUAUGCGUGGAAGUGUGCAAGGUUCACAGUAGAUGAUAAAAUGUCGUAGAUAUUAGAUGAUAUAAAGUUGUUUAGUGGAAGUUAAUAUUCAUGCUUUUGUGUGGACAUUGAUUGUUGCUUUAUUUUGAACUCACUAGUAUCUCAGAACUGUAGUUAAAACAUGCCGUGUUCUGUUUGUUGGGGCUGAAUUUAUAUUACCUGUACUUGUAUGUAUGUUACCUUUUCUAGUGCCUCAAUUUAAACAUGGCUGGGUUCUUUUCCCCUCGGUGAACUGGUUCCAGUUUUAAUGUAUAGUCCAUCAUUGAUAUAGUCUUUGAAUGUCUCUAUUUUACAUUAAUUAUAAUUUUUGUUGCCUAUAUACUUGCUCACUCUCAGUUCAAAUUGGAGGGUCACUGAGAAGAAACAGACAAUAUGCUAAUCUAGGCCUUGUAUUGUUGACUUACAGAAGUGCCAUAUUUACAGAGCUUACAACUAUUUAGGUCUCGGUAGACAGCAUGCUUAGGCCUCUGAGAGUUGUUUUAGCUUGUUGGUUUACAGAUAUUUUUAUUAUUAGAGUUAGUCUGUCAGAAUAAAAUAAAAACAGAAAUAUGAUGCAAUUUGUUUUUAAGAACUAUGAAUUAAACAUUAUGUUUACUUAAUAUGUUUUGUGAUAUCGAUCAGAAUAUGCAUAAAUAUCAUGAAUUACAUAUUUUUUUUGUUAAGAGAGUACCUAGAUUUUACUGCAGGAGCCAAAAAAGCCUGCGUUGAAAUGCCUCACAUCUGCUUGUGACAUCACAUCUGCUUGUGGCAUCACAUCUGCUUGUGACAUCACAUCUGCUUGUGGCAUCACAUCUGCUUGUGACAUCACAUCUGCUUGUGACAUCACAUCUGUUUAGUACAAAUGAUGAUGGACAUAAACACUUCAUCUCUUACCAAAGCUGUAAAUGAAUGUAAGCUUCUAAAAUUAAUUUUUCAAUUUUAUUUUUUAAUAAAGUAAAAAAAAAAACUUAGGUCAGCAGAUCUGUAAAUCAACAAAUUAAGACUGUCUCCUUGGGAUUUGGUUCAGUUGAGGUGGUUGUGUAAUUAUUGAAUACAUGUUAAUGAUGUCUAUUUUGAAGUUACAUGUUGAAACACCAGUGCAAUACAUUAUAAAUUGUUACAGUGAAAUUAUAGUAUGUUGAUUGUUUGAUAAAAUUAUUGAUUAAAUGUAUACAUUUCAA